CUGUCCACGAUCAUUCCAUGCCAAAUGUGCUAAAUCCAAAAAACGAAUGAUUGACAAUGUGAAGAAUUGGCGGUGUCCCGUUUGCAUCAGAUUGGAAUCAACGAAAAACAGCGAUGGCAAAGAACGUUUGGACAUGUUGCCGAUAAUGAUCAAUCGCGCAUUCAAUGAUACGAAGUUUGGUUUACUAAAGCUCCCAUUGGAUGGUGCAAAAUCGAACUCUUUGGUAAAUCGAAUCGAUUUAGCAGGGAUUAAAGACAAGACCUACACUUACACCAGCUUCUUCGAGUUUCUCGUUGACGUUCAGUGGAUUAUCCACAAUUGUUCCGUCUUGUUUCCAGUAAAACAUGACAUGGUAAAAACGGCCAAGUCCCUGGCAAAAUAUCUCGAACUCGAGAUCGAAAGCGUGAAAAAGUGUGCCGAGUGCUAUUCGAAUGCAAAUAAAAACCCAGACACAAUGGCUUGGUUCACAGUGGUUUGCGCGAAGCCACACAUUGUUGUUUGGGCAAAAUUAGAGGGCUAUGACUACUGGCCAGCCAAAGUGAUGUUCGUCGAUAAGAAAUUGAUUAAUGUGCGAUUCUUCGGCGAUCGCACUGAAGCAGAUGUUCCAGCCAAAAAAUGCUUUCUUUACUCGGAUACGAACCCAUCAUUGAAAUCAACCAAGCCAUCGGCCAGUUACAGAUCGGCAUUGAAGGAAGCCAAUGAGUACAUUGCAAAUGUCCGCAAAAGAUUUGGUGUAUAUCACCUCGUUGAAACGAAAAUUCCCUUCAAGCCAACGUUGUUGAAUCGUUAUCUUCUGGACGUGAUCCCAGGAGUUGGCAGCUUUCAAUUGCCUUCAAUCGUUUCAGAAGACAGCACAGCGAGCACACACUGCAGUCUUGAUUCGCAUACGAACGCUAUGCAAAAACAAACUCGAUCUGAUGCCGUUCUAUCGACAAUUCCAGAAGAUGUACGCAUAAACGAGGAGUUGAUUGAAUUGACUGGAUCGAAUCAACUAACACCGCCCGACAAUGAUGGUCUAUCCGAAUUAAAUAUCAACCUCCAUACGGAAGAAGUUAAUGAUGAGCCAAUCCGUAAAAAAUCUCGAUUCUCUAAUGGCACAAAAGAGGGACGUGCCGAGAAGAAUCUUGUUAUCAGCUCUACUAUUGAAAAUCCCGAAACUUCAACCAUUGAAGUUCCUGCCGAUUCUGAAAUUCCCGUUGGCCAACCAUCAUCCAAAAUGGGUUGUGAUGUGAUGGUUGUAAAUGAUGCUGAAAGUUCAAGCGCAAGCUUAACUUGGAAUUUGGACAAAUGUCAAGAGAUCAUGGAGAGCACGAAAAGUUCCAGCAAAGCUUUUGACUAUUUGUGCGACGUAAACGCAAAAUUGCAAAACAAAAUGAAAAAUGUGGCCGCCGAACACAAUCGAAAAAUAAAACUGUUGGAAGACCUUAAUGUACAAUUAACCGACGAAUUGAAGAAGAAAAAUUAUGGACUAGCAGCCGAAAAGUCGGAGUAUAACAAAAUGGUUGCAAGAAAAGACAAAGAAAAGAUGGAUGCUGUCAAUGAAGCCAAGAAACAGUACGAUGCAGAUUUGGAAGCUAGCAAAAAGAAGAUAUUUUGCAUGGCCUGUGACACCGCCAAACCACAAGAUACAUUCUACUUUUGCAACGCAAAGUGUCAGGAGGAUUAUUGGAUGAAGUGGGACAAGUAAGCGGAUGGAUUAUUUCUUGAAGCUCAAGCAAAGGCUUUGCUUUCCUGCAAAGUAACAACGAAGCUCAAUACAGCUAGAAGUCCAUAAAAAAUAUCGCCUCUUCAACAACUAAAGACCGUAAAAUGAUGAAGUUUCAUCAAACCGCAUCAUCGAAUAUUCGAAAUUGAUUUUUGGAAGCAAACGAAUUAAAAAUUCAGAAUUAAUGUAAUGUCUAGCAAAUAAGGAAUCUUCAACCGUUAUCAAACAC